AUGGAUGACUCCACGGAAAGGGAGCAGUCCCGCCUUUCCUCUCGCCUCAAGCAGGGAGAAGAAAUGAAAGUGGAGGAGUGUGUUCCCCUCCUCCUGCAGCAGGAAAGCCCCUCUGUCUGCCUCUCCAGAGAUGGCAAGCUGCUGGCCGUGGCCUUGCUGCUGGCCCUGCUGUCCUGCAGCCUCUCGGUGGUGUCUCUCUACCGGGUGGCCGCCCUGCAGGCGGAUCUGCUGAGCCUCCGGGCAGCAGUGCAGGGCCACCAGGCGGAGCAGCUGCCUGCGCGCCCUGGGUCAGGAGCAGCAGCCCCCAAGGCCACCCUGGGGGAAGCUCCAGCUGUCACCGCGGGACUGAAAGGCAUCUUGGCACCAGCAGCUCCAGGAGAGAGCAACUCCAGUUGGAGCAGCAGGAAGAAGCGUGCCAUUGAGGGUAUGGAAGAGACAGUCAUUCAAGACUGCUUACAACUGAUUGCAGACAGUGACACACCGAUCAUACGAAAAGGGUCUUACACAUUUGUUCCAUGGCUUCUCAGCUUUAAAAGAGGAAGAGCCCUAGAAGAAAAAGAGAAUAAAAUAGUGGUCAAAGAAACCGGUUACUUCUUCAUAUACGGUCAGGUCUUGUACACCGACAACACCUUUGCCAUGGGGCACCUGAUUCAGAGGAAGAAGGUCCACGUCUUCGGGGACGAACUGAGUCUGGUGACUUUGUUCCGAUGCAUUCAAAACAUGCCGGAGACACUACCCAAUAAUUCCUGCUAUUCAGCUGGCAUUGCAAAGCUGGAGGAGGGAGACGAACUUCAACUUGCAAUACCACGAGAAAACGCACAGAUAUCGCGAGAUGGAGAUGGCACUUUCUUCGGUGCACUGAAGCUGCUGUGACCUGCUCUCCUCUCUUUCUCUUCACCUCCACCGGGAAAACACUUAGCGGAAGGAACAAGCAGUAGUCACCGCAGCCUGCCCUGCGAGCUAUUUGUUUUGGUUUGCUGAAACUAGUCCAAAACAGGAAAUUUAACAGACAACCACAGCCAGAGACUGUCAUGUGAAUUACGAGAAAUAAAGCCCAUUUAAGGAAAGAUAGAAAGACAUGCCACUAUCAUUCCACAUUGAACAACUGAGUCAUGGCUUCCUGUCUGGGAGGAAGCGCAGAGCUGGAAGGGGAGGGGAUGGUUCCUUCCAAAGCGGGAUUCCACAGUUUCCAAUGGCAGGAGUGCCCACAUCUGGGGGCCAUCAAGGUAUCCAUGGGGAAUCUCAGGAUUUGUUCUUUACUGCUUUAUUAACUAUGUCCCUUUCCUUGUCAGUUAACAUUUUAGAAGUAAAAGUAAAGGCAGAUUUCUAGAAACCGUGCAUCAAGUGCACAAAUGAAUGAUUACAGGCUUAAAUUUUGAAACUCAAACUGUUGAACUGACAGCAGGAUACUAUUUAUGUCGUUUAGGACUUACGUUGUCAUUUUUACGAGUUUACCCGAACAUUUUUCACAGGAGGGAAGACUUUCCUCAUCUGUCUGUUUAUGUGCGUUUCUCACAUUGAGUUUCAGCUACUUCAGAAGUUUUAGUGGAGGACAAUUCCAGUUUAUGCAUAGAAAGCAUAUAUUGGAAAAUAAUUGCUCUUCUUAUGAUAACGCAAUAUGGUUUCUCUUUAUUUCCUGUUUUUCUGUUUCAAACGGCUGCUAUGAUAGUUCACAUGGCCCAGACUGUCUUUAAAAAAAUCCCAUUACUGCGAUACAAAAGCUGAGGUUGAUUGAACUUCUUAGCACCCUGAACUCUGCAAGGGCCAUGCUCUCUUACAGACAUCAUGCUAGCUCAGACGCCAUAAUCCUGACUUUCAUUUCGUAAAGAAUCGUACUUGAGAGCUGUAGUCCUGACCUUUGGUAACAUCCCUUGCUUUGCUUGUCUUAUUUCCUGUGUCAGCAGGUUUUUGCACUAAACAGUAGAUGGAAAAAUAGACCCCAGUCUACACUAAUUGUCCCAUCUACUUUUACAAUAUUUUUAAGAUAUACUUUUCAAAACACAGAACAUGAUUUAAAUUUUGUGUCUAGAAUCAAACUUGUUUAAAUCUAUCAUUCUUGCUUUUUGGU